AUGGCCGUCUCUCCCGCGCUUCUCUACACCUUCCUGGUCAUAAUGAUCGCUGUCAUUGCCUUUGGUAUCGUCGGGAAUCUUCUGGUCAUCCUGGCGGUGGUGCUGUGCCCCAGUCUCCGCAGGCGGGACAACAUACCCCUGGCGAGCCUCAGCGUCUCGGACGUCCUCUUCACCGCCCUGCAUCCCCCCAUGUGGAUCCUCGCCCUGCUGAACCCUGAGUUCCGGCUCCCCUGGGGUUUGUGUGUGCUCCAAUCCUACACCACUCCGGCCCUGUGGGGCGUGUCACUCUGCCACAUGGGGUGCAUCGCCGUGUACCGGUUCUUCCGGGUUCUCUAUCGCUACCGCUUUCCCGCCAUGAGCUCCACCAAGGCCGUCUGCAUCCUUGUCGCCAUCGCCUGGCUGGUGCCUCUUCUCGCCUUCAUCCCACUCCACCUGCAUCCGGAACGAGACGUCUUGUACGACGACAAGCUGAAGCGCUGCGCGGCCGUGCAGACCAACAGUAUGCUGGGCAAGAUCAUAGCUGCGCUGGUGGCGAUGAUCCUCCCGUACUUCGUCGGUCUGGCAUCUUACAUUGCGAUUUGCCUGGCGCUGCGCAAGAGCAAGAACACCAUGCUGGAGCACAAUCGACGCGCGGCGACUCCGAAAAUCAAGCUCCCGCCACCUUCGCUCGACACCCCGACAGCAAGCACGAGUCAAAAGCGGUCCUCCAUCGCCCUGGAGAUACAAGAAGGCAGCCUGGGAAGAGGAAACAACGUGAAGAUUACCUUAAACAUAAAUCUGGUGGAAGAUAACACAGACUGUCUACCGGGGGUGCCAGAAACCGUACACUCCACCACGGUCAUGACGAAGUGCACCUGGAGCAAGAGUCAACAGGACAACCUGAAGCCUGAACAUCUGGACAAAGAGGGGCCGCCACAGGCGAGUCAUACGUCUUCUACUGAAGACGACACCAUGAGUCCCAUCAGCCUGACGACAUCUACCAUCAGCGACAAGAUAACACCAUCAGUGUCAUCAUCAUCAUCGAGAGGAGGGAAAGAGACACCCAAGGAGAUGUCGCCCCAAUCCGAACGGCAACUGAUGAUUGAACCCGAUGGGGCAAGCAGUGGGAACAAGAGGCGGCAGCUGCGCCGAGGGAAAGCGUACAUCCGCGAAGACCACGACAGCAACUUCAGCACGACCAUUCACACCAAACCCACGGUCCACGACUUCACUUCCGGCGAUAUGUCGAGAAGAGGAAGCUCCAACACAAGAGUACUUGGCAGGAUUCCACUGAAGAAGAAACCGAAGCAACGACUUCGUCUCUCCGCAGCCGAAAAGGAGAUGUUGAAGAUGCUGGUGGCUGUCUUCAUGAGCUACGUCAUCUGCAAUCUGCCAAUGACGGUGAUGGUCAUCGCAGAGAACGGCGACCGCGUUCCCGAGGAGGCCUUCCUGGUGGGGAUGCUGCUGUGGGCCGGAAACGCCGCCUUAAACCCGGUCAUCUAUGGCCUCAUGAACACGAGAUUCAAGCAAGGAUACAGAGAGAUCUGGAACAGAUUCACAAGACUCUUGCAGUAG